ACCAACGAAAAUGAGACUCACGCCUUGCAUGGCUUUUCUAACCUUGCACAUUGAAUCAUGGGUGUAAAAUCGUUAUGGAGUCUGCUAUCACCCGUCGGACGUCCUGUGAUGUUAGAAACCAUAGAGGGCAAGGCUCUAGCUAUCGACUCAAGUAUCUGGAUAUACCAGUUUCAGGCGACAAUGCGCGAUAAAGAUGGCCGCGCUCUGGUGAACGCACACGUCCUAGGUUUCCUGCGUCGGAUAUGUAAACUUCUUUUCUAUGGUAUCAGGCCCGUCUUCGUGUUUGAUGGAGGUGCCCCUGCGCUUAAGCGCAACACCAUUUCAGAGCGGAAGAAGAAGAAGAGUGGUGCUGCAGUCAGCCACGUAAAGCUCGCGGAGAGGCUGCUCGCUGCUCAGUUACGAAGAGAAGCUCUGGGCCAUGCUCAGGCAAACCGUCCACCUGUAUCGAAGGGCAAGGGGAAGGCGCCCGCGGGUUCUGUCAUGAUUAAUGAAAACACCGUUUAUCUUGAGG